AUGCUGCUAAUCGAAUUUCUAUUCAUUAUAUUAUUACUAUUUGAUAAAUCAAUUUCAAAAACAUCGCCAAAUGUUUUAUUCUAUGAAUUAAAACAAAAUGAACAUCAUCAUCAAUAUGAUAUACCAAUAAAUAAUACAAUCAUAGAAUUAUCUUGUUCAUUUGGCAACGAAUGGUAUAUUCCUUCAACUAUACCAUUGAACUUCAAACCAAUAAUUAUCAUGGAUCAAAAAAAUAAUAAUCAAAGUAAACUUUUAAUUCAACUAUCGAAGAAUAAUACUAAUAAUUUACGUACUCAUUUUCGUGGAUUAUAUCAAUGUUGUCAAUCUUCGAAUAAUUAUAAUAUAGGUAUCCUUAAUUGGUUACCAAAUGAACCAUCUUGUUGUCCAUGUUGUCCAUGGUAUGAACAAGAUCAAUGUUUAUUUAAACAAAUUCAAUUUACAAAUCAUUCAAAUAUUAUCAUUAAAUUAAAAAAUAUAAAAACAUAUUGUGGUAGUGUAUUUCUUCAUAUGAAUUCAGUUAUUAUGACAACUAUUCAUUUAGAUAUUAUACGUAAUCAACCAAUGCUUAUCCCAUGUCCUGGAUUAAAUAGUACAUAUCAAAAAGAUUCCUCAUUAUUUUCAAUUGAUUAUCAAUUAACACCACAUAAAUCAAGUUAUCAAUUAUGGUAUCCAUUUAAACAAUUUAAACAUUCAAUUCAAUAUUAUUAUGAUAAUCGUUUUGGUUUAUGUUUAUUAAAAUCACAAUUUCCACGUAUUAUGUUAUAUAUGUUAUGUAAUUAUAAACAAAUGAAUGAACAACGUAUUAUACAACCAAUAUGGCCAUUACAAUCAUUAGUUAUAUCACCUAUCAUUCAUAUAUAUUUACAAUCUAUAGAGGGCAUAGAAUAUACUACUUAUAAAUUAAUGAAUAUAAGUAGUCAUUCUUAUUCUUUUUUAAAUAAUAUAAAUUGGUUUAUUAAAUAUUCUAAUGAAGUUUUAAUAUUUCGUAUAAAGCAACAAACGAAACUAUUACGUUUAAUAUGUAUUGGUAGUUAUACACAAAAAUAUAUUGUACAUAAGCCAAUAAGUAAAUUAUGUUUUAGAUGGAAAAUUUUAAAUCAAGAUAAUGUAAAACUUUCCAAUCUAUCUAAUUCCCAAGAACAUUAUCAGAUUGAUGAACAAAGUUCAUGGGAAAGAACAGAAUGUUUGACUACAUAUCAAACAUUUAAUAAGUUUUCAAUACUUUAUGCUUAUUCAAAAUAUGAUCUAGAUCUAUCGAAAAUCCCAAAUGAAACUAAUCAAUCAGUAAAUAACACAUUUAUACUUUGUGAAGUAACUACACCAGAUAGAAUAGCACCAAUAAGUCAAAGAAUAAUUCAAAUCGUAAAGACCACUAAUCAAAUAUCAAAUAAGCUUCACAUAAGUUAUCAUUGUAACUGUAUGGUUUUAGGUGACAAUAAGUCUUCGUUUAGUGAAAAUUCUACAUUAAGUCUUCUCAUCAAAAACAAUUUCGUUAACUUGAAUAUAUCAUUUUGGACAGAACAUGAAACUGACAAUCAACCAUUCUGUAUUCUUAUGAAACAUGGUAUACCUAAAUCUGAACAGAAAACAAAAGAAACACAAAUCACUCUAAUUCGUAAUAGAGAUACUUGGAAAUGUCUUAUAAAGAUAAAAAUGAAUAUACCAUAUCAAACAAUAACCUUAUCUAUUGGAUAUGGAGAGAUAAAGAGAAUAUUCCAGAUAUUCAUUGUCAAAUCUAUUUUGGAAUUAUCUAGAAAUGUUGAAAAUCUUCAAAGUCAAAUUACACAACAAUCUUAUCUACAUUGUAUUCCAAAUGAUAUGGAAAGAAGUAUAGCUCAAAGAUUCGGUUAUGAUUAUCCAAAUCAUGUAACUUGGUUCAUUUCAAUGGAUAAUCAUAUUCAAAACUAUACAACAUAUAAUAAAACAUUCGAACAUAUCUUCAAAUUAAUACCAUUUUACAAUAUAACUAAUUAUCCUAUGAUAGUACUGAAUCAAACAGGAAACUUAUGGGAACGUCCCAAUGAAUUAGGUCAUCUAAACAAUUUGUAUUUAAAUGAUUGGCCUAAACAAUUAUGUGUAAGAUGUAGUAGUGUUUAUGAAAUAGGAAUACACUUUAAUAGUUAUGAAAGCUGUACAUUAUUGAAUGAUUUCAAUGUCAUUGAUACAUUCAACAAUACUGGAAACCAUCGUGACCUUCAAAGUAUCCGAGGAAAGAAGCAGUUAUAUUUUGUUAUUGAAUUAAAUAAUUCUUCAAAAUUUUAUGAAGUAAAUUCACACUAUAACAAUUCAGAAAUUUCUUUAAUUCAAAAUACAUUUAUCAGUUUAGAGUGUAUACGUAAACUAUAUACAAAACCUGAACAGUUUAAACGAAAGGAAUGGCCUGAAUUAACUAUUAUUAAUACACAAAAUAAUACUGAAGAUCAUUUGAUUCAUAAUACAUCUUGGAUAUUAUCCCCCUAUUCUUUCAAGGUCAAAAAAGUAAUUCAUUUAACCAAACCGCUUGUUUUUCAUUUAAAAUGCGCGUAUAAAACUGAACAAUUUCUAAUUAAAAUUCAUACAUUUAAACAAAUUAAACCGGAAAUUUUGAAACCAAUUGAAAAUAUACAAUUCAUUAAAACAAAUUUACAACAAUCUACUUUAUUCAAUUACACUAUUCAUACUACUAAUAUAACUAAAAAUAAUAUAGAAUUAAUAUGUCAAGCUAUUGGUUUACCAAAACCAACUAUUCAAUGGAUGAAAGCAAUUUAUAAUCAUAAUAAUAAAUCAUUUAUUAAAUGGUUCAAUGUACAUACAUGUUCAAUAGAUGAUGAUAAUAAUAAAUUACCGUUUAAUAUCAGUAUUAAAAAUGAUCAACAAAUUCAAACAUGUAUCUAUCAUCUAACCAAAUCAAAAGAGAAUUUAAAUCAAUCAAAUUAUCAAUGUUUAGCAACAAAUAUUGCAGGUCAUACAUUUAAACAAAUCAAAUUGAUUUACCUAGAUACUAUUUUGAUUAGUUCUAAUGAAACGAUACAAUUACAAAUUAUGAUGAAAAAGAUCAUUUCAUGGAUAUGUUUCAUUAUAUUACCAAUAAUAUUAAUUCUUCUCAUCUUAGGUAUCAUUCUAUGGUUAUGUUAUAAAAUCAAUUAUAAAAAUCAAUGUACUUCAGAGAUAUCACUUCCAAAUGUUCUAUAUAAACAUAUUUAUAAUCGUCUUCAUUCAUAUCAUUAUAAAGCAUCAUUAUCAUCAUUAUUAUCAACAUCAUAUAGUUUGAAUAAAGAUUAUAAAUCUAUUGAACAAGUAUUAAGUCAAUUAUUAGGUUUCACUAUCAAUACUACUAAUAAAGAUACUACUGAUAUCACAACAACAACAACAACAACUACUACUACUACUACUAAUGCAAAUCAUUCUAUAAAUCAAAUUAGUAAAUGGAUUAUACCAUGUAAAUUUAUUAAACGAUCUAAUGAUUCACUUGGUUCAGGUUAUUAUGGUUCAGUAUUUAAAGGAUGGUUACAUAGUUCAUAUAUAAAAGAUACAUUGAAUAGUCAAUUCAAUGAUAUAUUAUUAAAAGAGGAUACAGAUAAUUAUAUUGUUGCUAUGAAAAUAUCAUCAAUAGUUGAAAAUACUACUAUUAACAAUAAUAAUAGUAAUAAUGAUAGUAGUCAAUUAUUAUGCCUCAAAAAUGAAAUACGUAUAUUAACCAACUUAACUAAUUGUGAUAACAUAAUUAGAAUGAUUGGAAUCAUGUUUGAAAGUAACCUCAAAAGGAAUAGAUGCCCAUUGAAUGGUGUCAAUUUAAUUCUUGAAUAUUGUAAAUACAAAAAUUUAGCUCAUUUUAUUCGAUGUCAUUCACAUCAAAUAAUAAAUAGUUUAAUGAAUUAUGAAGAAGUUCAAUUGACUAAAUUCUAUAUGAAAGACAACAAGAUGAAUACUAAUGAUAGAAUAAUAUUGGAAGAGUAUAGAUUAACUAUAAAAGAGAUAUAUCGUUUUGCUUAUGGAAUUAUAUCAGGUAUUGUAUAUCUAGUAAAGAAUUAUGUCAUACAUAGAGAUCUGGCAACUAGAAAUAUUUUAAUUAAUCAUAAUUAUAUACCAAAGAUUAGUGAUUUUGGUUUAGCUGUACAAAUGACACCAAUUAAUGAAUUAAUAAAUGAUCAAAUCUAUAAUAUUAAUGGUGAAUUUAAUGAAGAUCAAUUGAUUGAUGAAUAUUAUCGUGUAUUGACGCCAAGAAAAAAGUUACCUUUACGAAUUCUACCACCUGAAGCAUUAUUACAACAUAAAUUUUAUUUUAGUUCAGAUAUAUGGCAAUAUGGUUUAUUGUUAUGGGAAUUGUUUCAUUUGGAAAAACGUGAACCAUUUCAAGAGAUUAAAACAUUUCAAGAAUUAGUCGGUAUGUUAUCAGAGCAUAAUAUAAGUAACAACAAGAAUAACGAUACAAAUUGUAACUUGGAUGUUUCAAGAGAGAUGUUGAACAAAACAACGAAUUGUCAAAGAUUAUUACCACCAUCCACAUUAGAUAGACCUAUAUUAGUGAAUGAUGAAUUAUGGGAGAUGAUGUGUCAAAUGUGGUCUUAUAAUCCACACAAACGACCUACUGCAGCACAAAUUCAUGAUAAACUAAAAUACUUACUUGAGGACACUAAGGAAAUAUUCAGUUGCACAGACUUUCAGUACAACUGUCAUGCAUACCGCCAUCAUAAACACCAUAGCUGUACAUACAAGAAUUGUAAAUUUUUGUCAGAUACAUCUUUCAUAGAAGUUCAUAAUCAUUCGGUACACAGUUACGAAAAUACAAUCCAGUCUACGUGAAUUACUUGUCAGUAAUACACACCUUAUCUACAGUGCCCAUUACCCUAUAAUGUAUAUAAACUAUAAAAAUUACUAUUAUUUUAAACG